GCCCCACAGUUCGCCUUCACACCUGUUAGGGGGUUCUCCACUCUCGCCACCAACCCAUCGGCAGCCCCCCGCAGCACUUUCCCGGGGCCCGCAGAGAUGGCCAGAAGGGACUCGGAGGCGCGCAUGGCCUUUCGGAACCGACCCCUGUGAGCCUUGGCGCUGGAGGCUGGGCGGGGCGGGGGCCACGGAAGGCGGGAGAGGUCGAGCCGAGUAUGGGAAGGGCCGGGGGAAGGGCCGUCUCGGCUCGCGUAACGCUGCCGGAGCCUGCGGCAGAGGCGGCGGGGCUGAGCAGUGGAAGGGAUGGAGUUGCCACCAGUCUCGGCUCUCUUCCCCGCAGCCCCGGCAUCACCUCCCCUUGCCCGGCCGUGCCACUCCUUAGGCCGCGCAGGGUGAUCGCGGGAGUGGGUGGGCAGCAGCUCGCCCUGUACUGGAGAGGAGGGAGCGGCGGGGCAACGGCAAGGGGACUUUUAGUGUCCCGGGCGACCCACGCGUCCCCCAAGAGCCGGGAGACCUUGUUCCGGAUCGAGCUACGCACGAGUCCCCCGGGGCACCGCCGGCGGCCGGGAGGAGGUGCGGGGCUCAGCCGCUCGGUCCUAGGAGCCCGAGUAGCCCAUGGCGGGCAGCGACGUGGCCUGUGAGGGGCCAACGAGGAGGGGAGGCGAGACCCGGAGCCCCGGGGCUCCCGGGGGGCUGCGCAGCCAGGCAGCAGCUAGUUGCCCCGAACCGCUGUCCGCUACUGAUGCUCCGGCGGAACGCGGAGCGCUGCCCGCCUGGAUGCGCCUCUACUUCUACGGGAUGCACGGCAUCACCCUGGACGUGCUGGUGUCCUCGGCCAGGCGCUUCGCCCGCAGCCUGGAUCUGCGGAUGUUGGGCUUCUCGUCGCCCUACCGCUGCCUCCUGCACUCGCUCACCCACUUCGCCCUGGAGCAGCUCUACCUGCAGCGGCCGCGCUGCCCCAGCGCCUUCCUCUUCAAUUUCCUGCUUUACCCCUGGGCGCACGUGGGGUUACAGACCCUGGUGGGCCAGGCACUGCUGCUCAGUCUAGGCGGGCCGGGGGGCGCGGCGGCGCCGGGGGCGCUCGACCUGGCGCUGCAAUACGUGCUGGCGCUUUACCAUGGUCAAGUGUUCCUGAAGCGCUUCCUGCGUUUGCGGUACCCGCGGCAGCUCCAGCAGCAAACCAGGGACACACUACCGGCAGCCCCGGAUGCCCGAGUCCUUUUGGAGGCUGGAAGCGGGCGACAAGGACCCCGGAACCCCAAGGGCGCAGAAGGAGCCCCCAGCCAAGGUCUGCCAGACCUCCUCCGCUUCCUUUUCUUCGGAAUGCAUGGCUUUCUGGAUGAGAUCUUCUUCACCUUCUUCUUCAAUGUUCUGGGGCAGGGGGACGGAUCCAGCAGUGGGCACACAUCGCUCUGGUCCUUCUUCAUGUAUGGCAGUUGUAGCUUUGUGGUUGAAAAACUCUACUUCCACCUUCACUACAGCCGUGGCUGGGGCACCUGGAAGAGGGUGCCUAUCUAUGUGAUCUUUAUCUAUGCGUGGGAGUUGUCCUGGGGUCUGGGGCUUCGCAUGUGUGGGGCCUGUUCCUGGGACUAUUCUCACUAUCCGCUCAAUUUCAUGGGCCUCAUCACGUUGAUGUAUUUACCUGGUUGGCUAUUCCUUAGUGUGUACCAGGACCUACUGUCCAACGUGUUGUGGAGGGUGCAGUAUGUUCCAACAAACUAAGACUGGAAAAUAAGAAGAAAAGAAAGGAAGGAAGGAACCUGAUGAUUGGAUGCGAUUUAUUUUUACACAUUUAACACGAGGUGGCUUUGUUUUCAGUCUUUUAAUUUUUAUACACUUUACUAAGCUCUUCCAACUUGUUUUACUUGAUGUUUCAGUUUUCCAGAUUGCUCGGAAUCUAUAUGUAAAGUUCAGUACUUUGAGGUAUUACUCAAAACUAACUCAAAUUGUUUAACUCAUCAAUAAUUUAAACCUUUUCGAGGGCAAACAACUAAACCACUCUAUCUUAAACAUCAGAAACCGGUAAUAGUCACUGACCCUCGACGAGUGAUAACCACUUAUUUUUCUGUUCUUCCGUAAAUGUUUUCAGAUCAGAGACCAGUGAUUUUUACAAGUUCCUGAUUUAAUGAGCUGUUUACUUUCUUUGUAAUGCAAUUUCAUUUUGCUUUCUUGCCAUGUUGACCAAUGGCAGCUGAAAAAAAUCUAUGUCUUGUAUGUUCUUCAGAAACUUCAGCCACAGCUCUUAAAGUGCCUCUGUCUAGUCUACACGCGAGAGGAAGACCACAAGGGUGAAAACAUCCUAUGAACACAUUUUAACAAGAGCAGUCUUUUGUGUCAGCUCCAACAGGUGACACUGUGUUGGUGACAUUUGGUCACUGUCUUGGAAAUGAUUGCUUUCCAACGUUGGCUAGCCUUAAACACUAUUUAUGUUAACGUCACUCAGAACACAUGUUAUCUAAACUUUUCUAACUGUGCAAUAACCUACAUGUUUGCCCUAGAUGCCCCAGGGUCAAGUGAAAUUAUACCACCUUCAAUGGUGUUCUAACUCUAAGGCCCCUUUUUCUACAUGGAGCUUCAAAUAUAGAAACAGUAUCUUGGAAUAAAAUGAAUCUGAAUUCUCCCUCUAAUUACAUUAGGCCUAAUUGUUUUCUCUAUUUACUGAUGCAUUUUCACAUUAUUUCUCCCACAGUCCCCUCCCCCUCACACUCACACACUUUUUUCCUUUCAGGCCCAGAAUUUGGGGUCAGGCCCGACGUAGUAAUGCACCUUAUAAAUGCAUGAGAGCUUUGGACAGCUUAUGAUUAAUUAAUGUCUAAAAGCUCCAAAGUUAAAUGAGAUGAUGGAAGCCAUUCUAAGAAAUUAUAUCUAAUUGAUUAAUAAUGUACUCUGAGGGUGUUUGUUGUUUUAUUGUACUCAGAGGAGUGAGUGGAAUAGAGCGCGGUUCAGCCAAGGAUGACUAAUAACCUCUCAGCUUGCAGUUCGAAGAUAAUUAGGAAAACUUAGAAUGCGUAUUAAUGGGUUUGAAUUGUCCAACUGCCUGUGUUGUAAAAAGGGAUGGUUUCUAUUUCCAAAAGAAAGAAAGAGAGAGAGAGAGAGAGAGAGAGAGAAGGAAAGAAAGAAAGAAAGAAAGAAAGAAAGAAAGAAAGAAAGAAAGAAAGAAACGUUUGCUAGGAGAAUAGCAAAGAAUGUGUGUUUAGGUUUGAUGUCAGAUGCAUCAGAUUUGAUGCUCUAAUCCAUCCUGUGAGGUUGUGAGCUAAAUUAUAAAUGUCACAGAGUCAACCCCACUUGUGAAAUGGAAAAGGGCAAGCUAAUUGCUCUCAUCACUCACAACUUAAAAGUAAGCUCCAUACUUGCCAAAGGUUUUCUCUUGGGUUCUUUACGACGCUCUGUAACAGGUCAACAGUUUCUGAAAAUUACUGGUUACUGGAGGGUAAAAUAGGGAAGUAGAGACAGGAGAGUUAGGAAGAUGCAGGACGAGAUAUUUGUAAUGCAAAUGUGACACUGCACACCCCAUCUUCCUGUGAAUGUCCACUCAGCUGCUUGGCUGCUGAAAUGCUUACCAGUUUGUUCCAACUCUGUCCCAUCUCACCUCCAGCAUAAGCUGCUAUCAGAGCCACUGAGAAGCCUGCUAACCUCCUCUGCCUCAGAAAUCUCCCACUUAGGAACACCUGCCUUUUUAUUUUCUUUUUAAUUCUAUGCUCAUCAACGGGGUAAAGUAAGGUUUUCAGACAUUGGACUUAUUCAGAAAAGAGUUAUCCAGCCUCCAGUAAUUAGUAGACGCUUCUCAGGACUGUGUAUACACAUUAAUAAACCAAAAAAACUCUGUCCUUAUAAAGCUGGAAAUGGACCGUAUUGAUUCUGUAAAAUUGUAAUCCUUUUUUCUGUUUGUGUUUUGGUUUUUGCUGUUGUGGUUUUUUUCAAGACCACUGUUUCUGUAGUAGCUGAUGAGCAACCGGAGUUAGAACUCUCAUCAGUCCUGUCCCUGGAACAUAACAAUCCAUUCUUCCAAAAAAGUAACAAGACUAACAGCCCCCCACCCCCUAGCUCCACAAAGUGUCAGCAGUGAAUACAGGAAAUGAUUAGGCUGGCUGGUAACUCAGUAUAUUAUCUUAGGGCUUCUCAUUUUGUGUUUGCUCAACUUCUUAAAGCAGGCAUUUUGCUGUGAUCUUUGACCCUUCAGGAUAAGGGAACCAACAAAUCAUUUAACUUUGUUAUUAUUAGUAGUUUAGAAGAGGAAAUAGUAAGGCAGUAUGGUAGAUAAUAUUUAAAUAGCAUUUGCUCUCUGACAAAACUUCUCUAAUAUAUAUAUAUAUAUAUAUAUAUAUAUUAGACAGAUAUUGAAUUAAGAACACAUCCUUACAUUCUAUGCCUUAAGUGAAUAUACAUACAGUAUAUAUUUUAAAUACAUAUUUAUGUAUGCAUACAUAUUCACUUAAACUUGCAACAACCCUGCUUUUACAGAUGAAGGCAAUAAAACUGAAGCCCAAAUGGAUUCAGUUAACUACUUGAGUUAUACAGCUUUUGAGCAUUUAUAUUUGAGUUAGUGGAUGCUGGACUCCAAUCUGUUCUUAACAGCAGUUUGAUUGUGCCUCAGUCUACUGGCCUCAGUGAUUUGGAUCUUGUCUGGGCUGUUCUUUCCUUGACUGAGAGAUACACAAAUAGCUGUAUAAGAGGUAUACUUUGUUUGCAAAAGACUCACGUUGGUCUUUUUUUAUUAUGUGGUACAUAGCAAAUGAAUUAAUAUCAGGAUACAUAACUGACAAUCGGCCUCCUUUUACUCCAUAGAUAAUGCCUUUAUAUUAAAAAAGUGCUCUGAAAGGAAGUUCCUCCUAUAAACUAAGAUAAUAUGCAACAUAAAAUGCAAACAUUAUAUGAUAAGAUUCAAGGUAGGUCAUUAUCACAAGCUAUGAAUAUACAUAUAAUUAAUCACUGCUAAACAUUAAAUAUUAUAUUUAGAGCAGAUAUUGUAAGGACUAACCCCAAACGUGAGAAAAUUUGUAGCCAGGUGUAUUAGCACACAACUGUAAUCCCAAUAUUGAAGAUGCUAAAGCCGUAGGAUUGCAAAUUUGAGGUCACCCUAGGGCACAUAAUGAUAUCUUGUCUUUACAAAAACACUAUUUUUUACAAAGACAUAUAUCCUGAAUUCUACUGAAGAAAAAAUAUUCUUGGUAGAAAGACAUAAAAGUAGCAAGUGUACUUAAUAUGUACAAUGCUGAGAUUUCUUUUUAGAAGUAUUUGAAGUUUUAAGUAAAUCCUAUUGAUUUCUGUGAAUCUAAAGAAGAGUAUAUGCUGUUGAAUUUUCAUGCGAAUAAUGAAUACAGAAGUACAGAUAUCAAAGGAAAACUCCAAUAAAGUUGCUAACACAUUGUGUUAUUUCAAACAUU